CGACAAUAGAAGCAGCAGCAAGUGCCGACAGCAUCUGCUGAGCCAGAGAGUCGUGUCUUGGCUGCUUUUGCUGCCUCACUUCACUUCGGUUGCUUCUUACUGAGGCGCCUGUCUUUGGAGUCUGGACUAUUAUUACACAUACUACCUUUGGGGACUCUUGAACUUGGCGUUGACUGGAGAUGGCUAAAGUAUGGAUCCUUUCCUUGGCAUGGGUUGAGCAGACAUAGCCUUCAGGAUGGCAAAUAAAAAGCAACCACAGCCCAUCAAGCUAGAAAUAUAUGCAAAUAAAAGUGACAACUGUGUCGAGACUGGAACCAGAAUCACUUCAUGCAGGAUCUUGAUGUCUACCUUGAUGUAUGGAGCAUCAGGAGAAGGGUUCUGUGUAAAGGAGUUGGGGAAACAAGCCAACCCACAAUAUCCCCAACUGCCUCUGGAAAGUGAGAAGAACAGAAUGUGUCUUCAUUAGAUAAAGACUGUCUCAAAGAAAAUCAUGGAUUUCCUAAAUUUUACUGAGCAAAAUUAUACGCUGGAGCAAAAUGGUACAUCAGAACUGCUUAAGAAAGUAACUCCCAAGAUUCUGGUUUCUCUUACCCUUUCCAUGCUGGCCGUAAUGACAACGGUGAUCAACUCUAUGGUCAUGACAGCUAUCAUUGUGACACGAAAACUCCAUCACCCUGCCAACUAUUUAAUUUGUUCCUUAGCAGUCACUGAUUUCCUGGUUGCCAUCCUAGUCAUGCCCUUCAGCAUUGUCUAUAUUGUCAAAGAAACCUGGAUCAUGGGUCAAGUCAUGUGCGAUAUUUGGCUCAGUGUUGAUAUGACCUGCUGUACCUGUUCCAUCUUACAUCUCUCAGCAAUAGCCUUGGAUCGCUACCGAGCGAUCACAGAUGCUGUGGAGUAUGCCAGGAAGCGAACACCCAAACAUGCAGGCAUCAUGAUUGCCAUUGUGUGGAUCAUUUCCAUCUUCAUCUCAAUACCACCAUUGUAUUGGCGGCACCAGGCAGCCAACAGGGAUGACGAAUGCAUCAUUAAGCAUGACCACAUUGCUUCUACCAUUUACUCCACGUUUGGAGCUUUCUACAUCCCACUGGCAUUGAUUUUGAUCCUUUAUUACAAAAUAUACAAAGCAGCAAAGACUUUUCACAGAAGGAGUGUGAGCCGGGUUCUGAAAGAAGAGGCAAAUGGACAGGGUCUCUUGGAGGGAGGUGAAAAAAGUUACAGGCUAACUUCCUCAGCAUCAUGCACUAAAGAUAAAAAAUCUAACCCUUCAGGAGAUUUGGACAGAAUCCACUUCUCGCUGCGGAGCCCCGACUCUGAAUCCAAAAAUGAACAAGGGUGGCGAAGACAACGAAUUUCAACCACAAGAGAGAGGAAGGCAGCAACUACCCUUGGCUUGAUUCUGGGGGCCUUUGUGAUCUGUUGGUUACCCUUUUUUGUGAAAGAGGUGGUUGUUAAUAUCUGUGAAAGAUGUCAGAUUUCAGAAGAAAUGUCUAAUUUUCUGACCUGGCUAGGAUAUAUCAACUCUCUGGUUAACCCAUUGAUUUACACAAUCUUUAACGAAGAUUUCAAGAAAGCAUUUCAGAAACUUAUCCAAUGUAAAAGCUACCUUUGAGCAGGAAUGGGAGUGUCAAUGUAAAAACUUGGUUUUUAAGAAAGAGAAUUCAGUAAGGAAUUCAUAGCCCUGCUUAGAGUGGAACUGUGUCCACUAUGCUGGAAAAUUCACCAGAAUCAAGAAGGUUCCAUUGAAAAUCUAGAAAGUUUCAGGGAGAUUGUAGGUGAUUCUGGCACUGAUCUUUUGCCAUAACAUAGUACCACAACCGUUCUAGAGGCAGAAGCAUUAACUAGUACUAUCUGUGCCUCAGGCUUUCCCAGAAUGUUUACCAGACAGAGCUAGUUAGUAAACGUUGACUGGAUAAAAUCUAGUGGUACAAGUUGGGUGGAAAUCUGGACAUAUAACAAAAAGUCCAGCUCCACCAAACUUUUUCUGAAGCAUAUCUCUAAUCAUUACAUGUUAGACUUUUAAGAAAAUCAGCUGUGCUUUAGGAAAGGCCUCAAGACCUCCCCAUAUUGACUAUCUCUGUUUUGUCUUAUUAGCAUCUCACAGUGAAUGUUGUCCACUUGUUAAGAUGUAAUCACUUGUCAUUUUAGUGAGGAAGCAGAGGAAACGAUGUGCACAGAAUGGGUUUAGGGCUACUCAGAUGAAUGGAAAGGGUUAGUGUUGAAGCAUGUGUUUAGAUGCAUGACAUAUUUGAGGUUCAUCCUGAAAGUAGAUUAGUAUACUCUGGAAGUAGUGCUGUAACACACAACUUGGAGUUUAGUUUUAAGAGAAUGCAGGUAUCUGUUUCCUGUAACAUCACUGAAAAGUAAGCAGGUGCAGAAAUCUUUUCUGGUGCAACAUCACAGAUUUACUUAUUGUCCUAUAUACUCACAUAUAAGUCUUGAAAAUUUAGUUUAAAAAAUCAACCCAAAAUAUUGGGUCAUCUGAUCCAUAGGUCAAUGUGAGUAUUGUAUCUUAACUCUUAUUUUUAAAAGGAAUAAUCUCAUUCUCUUAGUGGAGUGGCAAAAGGGAAGAGCUUAGUCUGUUCAGAAGGACCUAAAAAGAAGCAAAAAUCCCCUCUGCUCUCUCCAUCCGACUCUUGCGUUCCCAUGGAUCAUAUCAAUAUCCCUAAGUUUGGCCCUAAAAUCUGUCCUCAACUUAUACAUGAUGUCAACUUAUAUCUGAGUAUAUACAAUAACCUACAGAUUGCUACAGAAAGUAAAAAAGUGGAGAAUAAAUUCAUUACUCAUUUUUUGAAAUAUCAAAGGAUUUGGUUUGCGAAACUUGUGAUGAAAAUGGAAAAGAAUACAAAAUUAAUGCUUCAAAAAUAGCUUUUUAUCUGCCAGACCUGGACCAAAGUAAAACUUGUGUCAUUAAGGGAGUAUUAUUGCAGAUAAUUCAGCAUGAAAAGUGACAUGGUGUUUCUUAGAGAUUUUAUAUCCCUGUAGUUUCUUUCAAAUAACUGCUGGUUUGCUCAGCUUGUCAUCAUCUGAUUGCCAUAUAGGCAAGCUCAUAUCUUAUAUUAGCUACUUAGUUCAGUUUAACUAAGUAGCCAUUAACCACUUAGUUAAGUUUAACUAAGUAAUAUCUCCUGGCCUGAUUCCACCCACCCCAGACAUGAAGGAAAUGUAAAUACUUUUGUAUGAUCUGUCAAAUCAAUCAACUUGGUUGAAAAAAAAAGUCUUCAGCUGCUGCCAAAAGCCAUAUGCAAGGUCAGGUUUUUGCAUUGAAUGUAUUCCAUAAAUAGCUCGGUACUGCUACUUCAAUUCUAACUAAAAGCUCAAUACAAUAUCCUGGAAAUUGUGUUGCCUACUAUAGCAGAAUUAACUAUUCAACUUUCAAAAAUUACUAAAACAGUUUCCAAUGAAAUUGUAUGAACUAUACCCAAGAAAACUGCAAGACUCUGAGCUCAACUGUAGCAUUUUCUUUGUGAAAACUGUAGGACAAAGGCAGGAAACCUCUUUCUGUCCAAGGGCCAAGUUUCAUUCCAGUGGUGUUCUUGGUGGAGGAAGGAUGUAUUCCAGUAGUGGGAAAAGCCAAAGAUAAAAAGGUGGAGCCAGAAAACCCCACAUUGAGUAUAUUUUCACUUAAAGCUUUUACUGCCGUUAACUAAGCAUUGGGCAAAUCAUUUUAACUUUUUAUAGGAGGGAAAACACCACAGAAAAGUUAGAAAACCACUAACUAAUUGAAAAGAUGGCAUUGCCCUUAGGAAGAGCCAGGAAUAUUGAAUUGGGAUUGUCUUCUUGGAGUAUAAAGAGAGCCAGAUGUGUUGACUGCACUUCUCUGGGAGACUGCUUUUUUCGCUCUAUUACAGAUUUCUAUUUAAGAUGAAUUAUUUGUUUUAUUUAUUUACAGUAUUGGUAAAAUGUCAGAACAAUAAUGAUGAUUUGCUAUUAUGCUGCAGCUUUUUAGGUAUUCAAUCCCAUUGCAGCCAUACCCCCAGAAAAAAGAACUUUAUUUUUAAAGCAACAACUAGCCUAUUGUGUAUAACAGAUGGGUAGGUAGACGUGUGCCAAGAUAAAGUGGGGAGAGUCAAGUUCAGGGGGAGCAGCACAUUUCAAGCAGUCCUGCUGCUCUGCUAUGUGGGUUUUAUACAUUGCAAAUGAGUCAGAAAUGCUUAAAAUGCUUAAAAGUUAAACAACACAUUGUUAGGCAUGGGUUCUAACUGCUCUAUUAUCCCACACAGUUAAUUUAAGUAAAUUUAGUGAAAUUGUGUAUUUUUGCAAACAAUUAUACUUUUAAAAAAUAGUCUUUUUCUGCAAAUUUUAUUGAUAUCCCCCAUAAAUGUCCUGCAUCGUCUGUGUAUAUGAUAGCUUUGGAAAUUACAAUAGAUAUCCUUGGCCAGAAACCACUCUAAGGUUUACCACUGUUCCUGGCAAAACUGCUCAAAGCAGGCCUGGGCCUCAGUGAAAAUAUUUAACCCUGCUACACACAUACACACACAGACAAACUAGAUCGAUCAUGGGGGUUUUUCUCAAAUAUUAAUAUCAGCUGAAGACUAGCUGAUAGAAGUGAGGCAGGUGCAUAAAAAGCUCGGCUCAAGAUUCGUGAAAAGAAAGGGCCCUAAAAGAGUUCCAGGCUUCCGCAAAAUUGCAAUUCUCACUAUAGGCUGAAGCUCUCAUGAAAAGCCAUCUUCUUGUGAGACUUAUAACCUCAUCAGAUGGGGCUUUUUCUGGCAGCAUACGCCCAUUGAGCCAGAGGAACUUCUGGCAGGACUUUGUAGACCAUCUAGAGCAGAGCUGUAUAUGCCACCACUUUUGUGUGUUGUGCAGAAAGCAAUAGGGAAUAGCCGUGUGCUCGAUGCUUCCCCCUGUGGGAUCAGCUUCCUGUUGAGCCAGGUGAUGUAGGGCAUGGGGCGGCGAGUUCCUCCACACACCCCAACAAUGAUUGCUGGAUUUAACACGAUGUGUGGUGAUUCCAGCGGCCUGUGUGACAAGGCUGUGUGUGGGGCUUAUAUAGAUCUGCCUUGUGUGUUAUCUCAGUCACCUGGACUAGGAGAGCUGAGAACAAGAAGUACUCUCAACUGAAGCAGUUGGUCUCCUGCAAGCACAGUUAGCACCCAUUUGUCCUGCUUUGACUUGAUCAAAAAUAUAGAAUUGAGGCUACUCUGUUCCAGAGACAAAAAUGUAUGCAACAUUUCCCUUCCCAGACUGCCAGGCCCCAGUAAUUUGUACAGACUCUCUUGCCAUUAGUCCUGGCUGUAAGGUAAACAGGAGCUCCAUGGUACUGAACUUUUGAAGCAAUGGGACCUUUCAUAAGCUGAGCUCUCAUUCAAUUUGAAGCAGUUAUAAAAGGAAGAAGUAAAAUCAAGAAUUGAUUCAAGACCUCUUUGAUAGUGGAUGCACUGGUCACCCAUGCAUUUCAUUGCCACCUCUUCUAAAUUUGGGAUUCAAGGCAGCUUUGUUGUUGUGUACCUUCAAGUUGUUGCUGACUUAUGAUGACCCUAAGCUCAACCUAUCACAGGGUUUUCUUGGGCUGAGAUUUUGUGACCUACCCACUUGGUUUUCAUGGCUGAGCAUGGAUUCAAACCCUGGUAUUUAUUUAUUUAUUUAUUUAUUUACUCUCUUUGUAUCCCACCUUUCUCUACCCUGAAGGGGACUCAAGGAAGCUUCACAUAUGGCAGCUAUUCAAUGGCUUUAUCCAGGGUCUAAAAUUAAUUAAAAAAAUCAUAACAUUACAGCUAAUUAAAAAUAUAAACAACUUCUAAUACAAUACUACUACUAAAACUCCAGUACAUUAUACAAGGCCAGUUUCCCCUAGCUUAGAAAUCACUGCAAGAGCACAAGACCCCAACUUCCCCAAUUUCCAUGCCAUGUGGUAUUCUAUAUGUUAAGAGCAAGGCCCUAGCUUUGCAUAUUAAAUUUCUACUCAUCAGGAGGGGAUAAUUAUCUUUGACUGCCUAUCAUGUUACAUAUUACAGGUGGUGGAAUUUGGACCAGUGGAAGCAAGGCCUAGAAGAUGUACUGCUUAAUACACCAAUUGCAAAGCCCAGCAAAUGGGAUGAUCAUCCCCUCACCAUGUUUGCAUAACAUUACAAUGGCAUGCUUCAUUAUUUUAUUACCCUGAACAGCCAAAGAACCUACCACUUCAGUCAAAGAAAGCAUUUGAAACCACAUUCUCUAAUGGUUUCAUUUUGAUGUUUAUAAUACAAUUCCAGUUUGGAACAGUUGGCACAACCAAGUCAGUUUUAGCAGAAAACAACAACAAUGCUUGCGUUUGAGAUCUGAUUUCUGUAUAAAUUAUGAGAAGUUGACAUCAGAGGGAUGGAGGAUAUGACUUGCUUUUGAGACACAACUGAUAAUCAUGCCGAAUUGUAACAAAACUAGGCAUGACAUUCACCAUCAUGUCUUGUCUGUUUAUUUAUUCCCCAUGAAGCUUAUUAAUAGCUUGGGUAUACCACUAAUUUCAACUGUCCGGGAAAAAAUGAUAUUAAAAAUAAUUUUAAGGGACAGCUCUGCAAUUCUGUUGUAUAUAAAUACUUCUUCUGUGCAAAGUUAUGUCAGAAUGCUUUUCUAGAACUGCAGUUACUGCUUCUUUGGAUUCAGCAGCCACUGUGUUCCAGUUUAUUAAGGCGAAAGUAAAGGGUAGAAAGGGCAAAUUGGCUGGCACUUGACUUGUCCCUGACUGCAAACAGUGCCACAAAAUUGCCUUUCCAAAUGGACAAUAGCCACAGAAAAAGGAACUUGAUGUAAUGUGUCAGCUAAAGGACUUCUUAUAACUGCACAGCACUGCCCUUAAACCACUCUGUCCAAAUUGGAUGUUCCGAUGUUGGACUUCGAGCCAGGAGCUUCUUAAUUUGCCAGUCACAGCACUGACAAUUGAUUUAUAUGGUCCAUUUUCAAAGUGGUUACUGGGUGCAAAAGUAUGAUAUUGACAUUAUUUGUAAAAGCUUGUGGAGCAAAACGGAGAUGGGUCAGGGAAGUGGGAAUGCCUCACUGUUUAGAAAGUAUGUAUUAAAACUAUCAAGCAGUAUGGUGGCUCAGGUUAAAAAAAUGGAUCAACAUGUAGAUAAUAAAAGGAAAAAAAGAUCUGUUAAGGUGU